AUGAAGCCCAACAGACAGGGUAUUUAUGGCUUCGUCAAGAACCGCGAUGUGCAGCCACUGCUCAAGUCGGAGAUUCGGGGCCUCGCUAACAUCCAAGACCGCCUUGCUGGAGCCACGGUAGUAGCCUUCGAUAUGGAAGGAUUCAAUCAGCAUCCUGAUGGUCGAUACCGCUCCAGCGAGGAGUCAGGUGAGCUUGGAGUCGCAGUACUACGACCCAGUUCGAAGCCACUUCGCUGCUUCUCGUCUAUGUAUCACUUCUACAAUCAAAACGAGAUCGAGGCAUUUACCAUUCGCAUUCAAGAACGGCGUUACGGGCCUGUUGUUGGAACCAUGACCGACGAGACCAAGCAGACUGCUGGCGCAAGACUGCACAAGUUUUUGUCCUCCAUCCCAGGCGAACUUAUACUGGUGGGCUUUGGUAUGCAGAGGGAAUUCAAAUGGAUCAGCGAUGAGUAUCCGGCCAUCGCAGCACUUUUUACUUCUUGGUGCGAUAUACAAGAGCUUGUCGCCGAUUCCGACAAGAGCAUGACUGCCGAACCCGACAAAUUACUUACUCAAUAUCCGGAUUUCUGCGCUCUCCAUCAUGGGUUACUUGCUGUGGGUCUCGAUGCAAUUGCGGCAAACUUGGCAAGAGACAGAAAGAGAAUAUGGUGGGUAUCAUUUCUAACGAAGGAGGCGCUCGACGAGUUCAUUGCCAAAGUGCAUGGGUCGCUUUACGAGGGAGUGAAACUGUUCGUCACACCAAUGGCUCCACCAAACAAGUAUCUAGCCGCCAAAAGGUCGAAUGAAAUGCCUUGGAAACAGCCGAGAACCGUCAGUAGAUACGAUGGCGAUGAUCUGAUAGCAGCUUUCGAGUAA